UUUUGUUUAAAAAACAAGUAAAGCGAUAAAAAAAAAGUUGUGUAUUAGAAAGAAGAGGUAGAGCUGAAAGAGAUCGUGAAUUAGGGUUUUAACAAAGAACCGAAAAGAUGAGUCGUAGUUUAGGAAUUCCGGUGAAGCUCCUCCACGAGGCCUCCGGCCACGUCGUCACAGUGGAACUAAAGAGCGGCGAACUCUACAGAGGCAACAUGAUUGAGUGUGAGGAUAACUGGAACUGCCAACUCGAAAGCAUCACUUACACUGCUAAGGAUGGAAAAACGUCACAACUUGAGCAUGUAUUUAUUCGAGGUAGCAAAGUCAGGUUCAUGGUCAUACCGGACAUGCUGAAGAAUGCUCCCAUGUUUAAGCGUUUGGAUGCAAGAAUCAAGGGCAAGGGUGCAUCGCUUGGUGUUGGUAGAGGCAGAGCAGUUGCAAUGCGAGCGAAGGCUCAAGCUGCUGGCCGUGGAGCUCCACCUGGGAGGGGUGUACCACCAGUGAGGAGGUGAUCACCAUUUGUAUAAUCUCUAUUUUCUGUCUGUUGGACGUGAUGUUUAGUUUUGUUGUAGACGUUUGUGAUAGAAAGAAAUUUGAAUUGGAACUAUCAAGAAUUCACUGACUACUUCUCACCGGCUCUAAUCUUUUGCCUGUAUUGUGUGCUUGGCUGGUAGAAUUUUGUCUUGGUACUUUCAAAAUUAGUAUAUGUCAGUGCAAGUUAUUGUGAGUUGCAUGAGGGCAGUUUGACAGCCCG